AUGGAGAAAAGGGCUCGGAGCUCCUCCAGAGAGGCCCACGGGAGAGGCAGCGGGUCCGCCCACAAAGAGAACAAGAGGACGAAGGCCGAGAGGGGCGGCAGAGGCCGCGGGCGCCGGGACGCCGGGCCGGAGCAGCCGGCCCUCGGGCGGGCAGGGAGCCCCGGUGAGCCCCGAGCGCCUGCAGCCACCGUGGUGGACGUGGAUGAGGUCCGGGGCUCUGGCGAGGAGGGCACCGAGGUGGUGGCGCUGCUGGAGAGCGAGCGGCCCGAGGAAGGUACCAAGUCUUCCAGUUUAGGAGCUUGUGAGUGGCUUCUUGUCCUCACAUCCCUGCUCUUCGUCAUUGUGACCUUCCCUUUUUCUAUCUGGUUCUGCAUAAAGGUUAUACAGGAGUAUGAGAGAGUAAUUAUAUUCCGACUGGGACAUCUGCUUCCUGGAAGAGCCAAAGGCCCUGGCCUUUUCUUCUUUUUGCCCUGCCUGGAUACCUACCACAAGGUUGACCUUCGCCUCCAAACCUUGGAGAUACCCUUUCAUGAGGUUGUAACCAAAGACAUGUUUGUAAUGGAGAUAGAUGCCAUCUGCUACUACCGAAUGGAAAAUGCCUCUCUUCUCCUAAGCAGUCUUGCUCAUGUGUCCAAAGCGGUCCAAUUCCUUGUGCAAACCACCAUGAAGCGUCUCCUAGCACAUCGAUCCUUCACUGAAAUUCUUCUGGAGAGGAAGAGCAUUGCACAAGAUGUAAAGGUUGCCUUGGAUGCAGUGACCUGUAUUUGGGGAAUCAAAGUGGAGAGAACAGAAAUUAAGGAUGUGAGGCUGCCAGCCGGGCUGCAGCACUCGCUGGCGGUGGAGGCCGAAGCACAGAGACAGGCCAAAGUGCGGAUGAUCGCUGCGGAAGGGGAGAAGGCUGCGUCCGAGUCCCUGAGGAUGGCAGCCGAGAUUCUAUCAGGCACUCCAGCUGCUGUUCAGCUUCGGUACCUCCACACCCUGCAAUCCUUGUCCACAGAGAAACCUUCCACAGUGGUUUUACCUUUGCCAUUUGACUUGCUAAAUUUCCUGUCUUCUCCAAGCAGUAGAACUCAAGGAAGCAUCCCUUUACCAAAUCCUUCCAAACCUGUUGAGCCGCUGAACCCUAAAAAGAAAGACUCUCCCAUGUUAUAG